AUGGAUACAACUGCUAACGAUGCCGCUCAAGUGGUAGCAUUAAUGGAAUCAGGGAUGCGUCAAUGUGAUGUUGCACGGCAACUAAACUUGAGCCGUUUUGCCGUUCGACGAGUUUUCCAACGUUAUCAAGAGACUGGUGGCUUUAUCCGGAGGCAUGGAUCAGGCCGACAACGCUGCACAACGGACAGAGAUGAUCGUUUUAUUGUCUCGACGUCUUUGCGCAAUCGAUUUUCCAAUGCUAUAGAGCUUCAACAGCAACUCCGCGCAACUCGCAGUACAACAGUAAGCACCUCUACGGUUAGGAGAAGGUUAGGAGAACAAAAAAUUGUGGCCCGCAGACCUGCUACCGGUCCGAAACUGACUGCACAGCACCGCAAAGAACGGUUACAUUUUGCCCGUGAACAUUUUAAUUGGACGCUUGACCAAUGGAAGACUGUGCUCUUUUCUGAUGAAACAAGGGUGUGUCUANGCACAAGCCUGUACCGAGGAGACAGUGGAGUAUGGAGGUGGAUCAUGCAUGUUCUGGGGCGGCAUUUCCAUCGAUAGCAAGACCGAGCUUGUGUGCGUUUCCCAAACUGGUGGCGCUCGAGGACAAGGAUCGCUAACUUCUGAUCGAUACAUUACAGAGAUCUUAGAAGAGCAUGUGGUACCAUAUGCGGGUUUUGUUGGAGAUGGGUUUAUACUAAUGCACGACAAUGCUCGUUCCCACACCGCAUUAAUUGUAAAAAAUUAUACGGAAGAGGUUGGGAUCCCUGUUAUGAACUGGCCAGCGAGAAGUCCAGACCUAAACCCAAUUGAGCACCUCUGGGACAAAUUAAAACGAAGAGUGCGGUCACAUGAUCCUGCCCCAACAACCCUCCAAGAUCUUCAAUAUGCUGUUGUUGCGGAAUGGGUGAACAUUCCUCAAGAACGCAUCGUACGACUCAUAACUUCUAUGAAAGAUCGUAUGGAAGCAGUAAUUAAGGCAAGAGGAAGUAGCACUAGGUUUUAA